AGUAAUAUGGUAAAGAUUUUUUACACUAUAAACUUAUGUCCAAAAUAUAACAAAAGAAGCUAUUAUUAAGAUUCUUUUCUUCAUAAUAACCUUUUGUCUUGUUUGGGUAUUAGCUUUCUAUAAAAGACAUAAACCACUUCUCUCAAAAGUACAUUACUUUUGCUAAAAACUGUGAGAGUGUAACUGAGAAAAAAAAAUGGAAGAAAUGGCUUCUUUAUUGUAUUACCAAGAGAACAUUGAUGAAAUGAAGCAGAAGCUUAUGUACACUAAUCUUGAACUUGAAAAUUUGAAGGUAGAGAAAAGUGAAGAAAUGAGGAAGAACAAAGAAUAUGUGAAGCAAUUAAUGCAACUAUUAAACAUGGUUUGUCAAGAAAGAGAUGAAGCAAAAGAUCAUCUUCAGAAACUACUCAACAACCUAUCUCAUGUUCAAGUUGAUAAUAGUCCUUAUUUGAAGGCCAAAAAAGCAAACUCAAGCAUUACUGAAUCAAAUAGCCUCUCUGAAACACACAAUAAUCGGUCACACAAUUCAUCCCUAGUCGACGCAUUUAACGAUGCAGUUUCUUCCCCUGAAUUUUCCAACAACAACAUGGCUGAUUCAAAUCCAGUAGCCUAUGAUUGCAACGUUCGAUUCUCAGACAAUUGUGUCCCAAAAGUUGAUGAGGCCACAUUGGUUAUUGACAAUCUUGUAAAGGGGAAAACUUUGCCACAGAAAGGGAAACUAUUGAAGUCUGUUAUUGAAGCAGGGCCACUUUUGCAAACACUUUUAGUUUCAGGACAACUUCCUCAAUGGCGAAAUCCGCCUCAACUUAAGUCAUUUACUAUUCCACCAGUUUCAAUUAAAGGGUUUGAAGCUGAGAUUGCAAAUUUGAGCUAUUCUGUUUCAAGAUCAUUGUGUUCUCAGAUGUCAUAUGGUUCUCAACAGAUGUUAUCAACAUCUAUGUUAAACUUUGCUAAUUCUGGUUUUGUUUCCUGUUUGGAAAAUCAGAGAGUAAUAUCUGCUGGUGCAAAUAAGGACAGUUUUGUACGCUUGGAUAAGAGACAAAGAUUGCUGCAGUGAAAGUUGGAUUGCCAGGAUUUUGAGUGGAUAUACUGAUUUUGAACUAUGUGCUAGAUUAAUGUGCCUAGAGGGGCUGGAAGGGAGGAUUUCAUUCAAACACUGUAUAUAUAUAAGGUCAAGUCAUAUAUAUAUAUAUAUAUAUAUAUAUUAG